CGGGACGUGUCGGUUUUCUGAACGCGACGCCCGUGUCGGUCAUAUGAUCGUUGUCGCUGACCGAAGAUACCGUCGUUCGUAGGCGUUGACUCCUCGACGAAAGUUUUUUCGGCUCCUGUGUCACUUGCUGCGCGUCGUCGAACCCACGACUUUCCUGCUGAACGACCGACGACCCGUCCCACCGCAUCGAAAUGGCGUUGAGCGACUCGGAUGUGCAGAAACAGAUCAAGCAUAUGAUGGCCUUCAUCGAGCAGGAGGCCAACGAGAAGGCCGAGGAGAUCGAUGCUAAGGCGGAGGAAGAGUUCAACAUCGAGAAAGGUCGUCUGGUUCAACAACAGAGGCUCAAGAUCAUGGAGUACUACGAGAAGAAGGAGAAACAAGUGGAGCUUCAAAAGAAGAUUCAGUCGUCCAACAUGUUGAACCAGGCUCGUCUGAAGGUUCUCAAAGUCAGAGAGGAUCACGUGCGCAACGUCCUCGACGAAGCUAGGAAGAGGUUGGGAGAAGUGACGCGCGACCCCGCCAGAUACGGAGAGAUUUUGAAGUUGCUCAUCGUCCAAGGCUUGUAUCAGCUCACCGAGAGCCACGUCACCGUCCGCGUGCGUCAAGCGGACGUUCCUCUCGUCGAGUCCAUCUUCGACGAGGUCCGAGAUACUUACGCUCAACUCACGCGCAAAGACGUCACCUUGAAGGUCGACCAGGACAACUUCCUUCCUUCCGACGGCUGCGGCGGAGUAGAUUUGAUCGCGGGAAGAGGACGCAUCAAAGUCAGCAACACUCUGGAGACCAGGUUGGAAUUGAUAGCGCAGCAACUGGUACCGGAUAUACGUUCUGCCCUCUUCGGACAGAAUCCCAAUCGCAGGUUCAACGAUUGAAGCCCUUUCUCUCUCGCUGCCGCUGCCGCCGGCGCCGGCGCCGCUUCCUCUCCCUCGCGUUCUUUUCGUUCUUCGCUUCGCGUCCUCGUGUUCGCGAACGGACGUUCCUUUCUUUCGAGCGCGACGCGACCGCUCGGAAUUUUCGCUGCGUAGAACGUAGACUCUGUCGUUGUUGUUGCGAUCGUCGUUGUUCGCGCUCGCGAACAGAGGGAGAGAGAGAGAGAGAGCCAAGUUGUAAAUUAUCUACCCUAUAAAUCCAUGUGCAUACGUGUGUACGCGUGCAUCUGUAAACGCGCGCGUGAUACUCCCGUUCUUCGGACGUGUCUCUAACUAACAAUAAAGUAUUUUAUGUGAACCCGA